AAUUUUCCGCAAACCUGAGGAAUUGUCCCGCGACACCUCUUGCCCAUAUUCUUGCCUAUAUAAGGAGAGAAAUCGGAGUUCGAAAUUCAGAUCAGUCUUGUUGGUCGAGCGAGAAUCGCUGUCAUUGGCGACCGCUAACGUUCAGACCUCCAGGUACGAUCGCAGCGACGGGAGGGUUUUACUCCUGACGAAGACGUUGGUCUUCGGGGUGGCCCCGGUCGGAUCGCCUCUUUCCCUCUCUCUCCUUCCCAUCAGAGAUCUUGAGGGUUGAACCACACCUAGCAUUAGCUAGAGUGUGGCUUCACUCGUUUCUCUGCCUCCCUUUCUUUCAUCCGAGCGUUGGAGAAGACUCGCGAAAGCGACUCUCCGACAUCUCCUCCCUCUCCCUCUCCUACGGCGUCGAAGAAAAUUCGCUAACGCGACUCUUCGACACCGUCCUUCUUCCUUUCCUAUCCCGUCGAGGAAGACUCGCUAGCGCGACUCCUCGACGCAUUCACCGUCUCCCCUUUUACCGAAUAAUAUCCACCUCCAAGGGGGCGUUCUAACGGGUGCCCACUCCAACCCAGCGGAUUUGUCUUCCAUAACGUAUACUCAAUUAAUAAUUCGUCUCACUAAAAUUCGUAGAUCACUCGCACUUCUCUCUCUCUCUUGCGUUAAAGUCGUCUCUUCAGAAGACCGGUAAGUCAACAACUCCUUUAUACAUUCACGUGGCAAUCCUUCUCUCAUAUUAACUCUACCAUGUCUCUCUUGAAGCACAUAUGGGCAAACGCAAGGCACACCGCGCGUACGCCGGCGGCAGAAAGCGCUUCUUUCGAAAAAUGAUGCGGGAGCUCCACGCAUUCGGAGAUUUUGACCCUUCAGCGUUUCCGCCCCCACGCCUAAGCCCCUUACCCUCACCGGUGGAGGUAGAGGAGGCUUUGAACACCCACGACCGUUCAAGGCCGGACUUGAGCGAAGGUGAACCUCCGGAGGAGCCGUCUGUUAACCCCUCUGCCGUUAAGCCCAACGAUUCGGAGACCUCGCGACCAGACCCAGCGGCAACUCCCAAUAAUGCAGUCUCUAGCUUUAAGAGGCGCCGGCCUGCACGGGGAACCGUCGAUUUCGCUCCAGCGCGAAUUAUGACCCGGCCCUUGCCCCUGUCCAUCGCUGCCAGGAAACCGAUGAAGUAUCCCGCAGCGAUCUCCCGAAGAUUACCGACCAUUGUCGGGGAUAUAAAAAUUAGAUUAACCAUAACUAAAAAUCGGCACGGGAACAUCCGUUUUACCCGCAGUCAACUUAUGUGACCUCAGUCAUUUCUUUAUAUGUAACCACGUAAAAAUAUAUAUACAUAUUCAAUCUAUCAAGCACGCUCUGUCAUUCAUUUAACCUCACGCCAAAUUCAAUCACGCAUGCUAAAACGCUAUUACAUUUUCUAAUUUUACUGCUCAUUAAUCACCUAAUAAUAUAUCUCCCCAUCAAUACCUCCUAUUUUCCAAUAAGGAAUUUGUCGCGUAUCCGGGCGUGUUGUCUAACGAUUCGGAUCCGCGACUGGUGACAGCUGCCUAUACCUCAGAGGUAAAAUCCAACCAAAGAACAAGAUCUACGUUCCGGAUCGCAACCUCGCGAAUCCGCGGACAUAACAAUAGUAAUAAUAAUAACAACUGUUAUUAUAUUUUUAGAUGACCAUGACGAUACUCGAGAUAAUUUUGACGGAGUUCCAUCCUCAGCUGAUAAGGCUAUAUUCAGUCCAGCAAACAAGACGGAGGACGAAAAAGAAACAGAGGAAAGAGCGACGCAGGAGGAGGAGAAGGAAACCGAAGAGAAAGCAUUAAGACAAAUAGAAGAGAAGGAGGAUACAGACGAAGAUGAGGAAGAGGAGGCGGAAGAUCAGAAGAAAGAGAAAAAUAAAAUAGAAGAAGAAAAGGAGCAGAAAGCGAUGGA